AUGGCCCGUGUUAUGGGAAGAGCGGGCUCGGCCUUGGCCGCAGCUAGGCGUGCUCCCAGUCGAGCAGUUCAGCGGAGAGCUCGCAAGCACAAAGUAAUUAUGGAGUCUGUGACUCAAGAAAAGAAAAAGCUCCGUAGUGUGAUUUGUUUCGAGGCCAAAGCACCAAGUGGCUAUACCUUCAUCCCAGCAGGAAACCCUCAGCUCACCACCUCAUGCAAAGAGCGAUGUCGAAAGGAGAAUCUUCAAAUCUAUGCAGUCUCGACUACCCCUCAUGCUCGCACUCAUAACCUUUCUCAACAUGUGCAUCGGAUAGGCUACCAUUUUCCAAGCACUGUAGUGGCUGCUGUUUGCUCUGAGCUGGGCCUCUACCUCACAAGCACUGGCAAGACUCUCCCCAUCUACGCCAUGGGCAUGAGAGAGAACCGCUCUCGGGCUGGAUCUGAAGUCUCCCAAAUAACUUUGAACACAGAUGCUAGAGAUGCAAUCAAAGAUCUGUUCCCCAACAUUCCAGAUAAAGAUCUCAACCAAAUUAUCAAGACCGCAUUUCAAAAGGGUCAAAAAAAAGUCGGGACUGCCACCGAAUUGCCCAUGGCUCGAAGGGCACAGUUGGCAGUGGUAGCACACAUUCGUCAUACUAAAACUGACUACGAUAGCCUUUUAAAAAAGUUGUCCUUCCAUGAGGCACGACACAGUGUUGAGCAUGAAACUCUCAAAUUUGUCAUUGAAUGGCGAGGAGAUGAUGAGAAUGGCCAGACAGUCCUUGAGGAUGUCUUUCGUGAGGUGAUCGUCAUCUCUGAUGACGAAGACAGCGGGUCGGAAGAGGAUGCAACCACUGGUGCAGAGCAUCAGAGCACCAGGGUGGAUAUUCUCCCCAGCGAGACUCGCGCUCAUAAGCUUUGGACUCCGCUACCCGGCAACUCGAACCGUUCAGGCCAAGGAACUCCCCGGGAGCUAUCCGAAGAAGCACCGCCUGGAUUUAGGUUUGUCCCGAGAAUGGCGGUAACAAAUAAUGUUGUCAACCGCCGAGGAUUCAGCAGGUACCAGGCAUGGAACCGUGCCAUCCAGGAAUACAGGCAGGGCAUGCAAGAUACCCAGCAAACAAGAUUUGCCGGUACCACUGCUGAGAACAAAAGCCCACGGUAUGCCACGCAACGGACUCUCACUCAAGAAGCACCUGUUUCCGGGCGCCACAUCGUCCCCCAUGCAGAGGCUCAAAAAGAAUCAUCCCAUGCUCUGCCAGUGGCUAUGGGAAAUGUAGGCGUCCAAGGAAAUUACAUUCCUUCGGACCUCCAACAAAAAGCCUCAAACUUUGAGCCCAACACUAGGCCAAUUGGACUAACUAACCAGGAAUCGCCUAAACUGCAGGUAUUGGAUAAACUCCCCGGGCCAAGAGGUGCUCAAAUGGCACCUGAUAUCCCUACUACUAGAAUGGACUCCAGGUUUCGGUACAAAAGACUGCCUCCUCAGUCGGAGGACAGAGCAAAUGCACCCGUGUUUGUGAGCGGACCCAAUGACACUGCCCAGAGUAGCGAAGCUCUCUUUGGGCGUCGUCCUGACACCACCAGUACCCUUUACCCAUUACCAGGUUCAAAACAACCAGAGCGUAUCUUACCGUCCAUUGAAACCCCUUGGUCGCUAGAGAGCCGGCGAGUUGACAAUUCAGCUCCCUUGGUCAACAUGGCUAAAAGGAUGACGCUUCGGUCGGUUACGCCAGGCCGUCCCCAAGGGGACAUGAUGCAUCAUAACCAGGAAACCGAACAGGAUGGCAACAAUGACAAAUCCAGCAAAAGAAGACGUUUGUAUCACGAAGGCUCUCGGCCCGAACCUCUUUCCGGGCCAAGGCCCAUUGGAAUUCCCGUUUCCGAAGAGCUUGGACCGAGAGAAUCCUAUCGUCGCAUUGAUCUAGCUCCGGAAUAUCGACCCCAGGAUCAAGUUCAUCUUCGUCGAAACUAUCUGCCAAUGGAGCAACCCGUCGUAGGACGCCAGAGGAGCCCCGUUUCUUAUGUUUAUCCCCAACACGGCAGCCACGAUACAAGACCAUUGGAUCGACAGCAUAUCGAGGGUCCUCGUCAUCAUCGCUCUCCACCCGAACAUUUUUCCAGCGUUCUUGUUUCAGAGGGGGAUCGCGCCUUCAGAGCUGCACCGGCCAUCUCCAAUCCUGGAGCUUGGCAUUCUCACGGUGAUCGUAGUAUUCGCAUGCCGAAUGAACCACGCGCACGCACUCGCAUUGAUGGUGGUCGCCUUUUGCCAGAAGAGCUUCAUCAGGACAGGACUUUGUAUGCCGACGGCUUCGUUCGCCACGUUGACAUCCGGGAACCCCCUCCGCUUGAAUACGUCGCCCGGCACUCUGGACCUGAGGCCAAGCCGAUUGGAGAUUUUUCUCUACCUGCUAGAAAGAGGGCCACUGAUUAUCCUGGCUCCAACCCUUUUUCUUUUGCCCAGAUUUCCCCAGACCAACGUGGUCCAUUGCCCAUGCGCCCACGAAUGACCCCUGUUUCCAACAACCACGUCCGCACACUAUCCGAAUCUUCACCCGGGAAAACCAAACCUCAUGUGUCCCCCUCUCAGAUUCACAGACCACUCAGUGGCGGGUUUAUCUCCUCGAGACGACCACCACCUGGUCUUCCUCCAUCUUCACUGGCCAUGGAACAGAAUCGACCCGUCUACGUCCAGCGAGUCGAUCCGAGACCCUCCUACUAUCCCGUCCCUGACGGAAGACCUAUCGUGAUCGUUGAUUGA